AUGGCAGCUACACAACCGCUUCUCGAUUGGAUCGCAGCACAUCCCUAUCAAACAAUGUUCCACGUUGUCAACGGCGUCGUACUUCUCACGCCUGCAGCCGCUACUGUACCUUUCUUCAACGCACUUGGAUUAAGUGCGGGAGGGCCCGUCGCGGGCUCAGCAGCAACUUCCAUCAUGAGCUUCUUCGGCUAUGUACCCGCAGGUGGCAUCUACGCGACAGCUCAAAGUGCAGCGAUGGGCGGAUAUGGCGCGAGUAUUGCCGCCGGAGCAGCACAGGCAGGUGCGAUGAUGAGCUCUGGAGCUGCAUGGCUGUUCGGACGCAACGGCACUGGGGUCUAG